UUUUAGAAGAAUGGACUGUAUAUUUGUUUUCUUUCACGGUCUCUGGGUUUGGCUGUGAAGUGUUGCGCAGUGUAAUGACUUAAAGUGCACAAUACUGGAAUGUAAAUAACAAUGGAAGAAGAUGAGUUAUUGGCCUUCAGGGAGCACUGGAAACAGGAAUUAAAGAAAACGACUCAAGCAGAAAGCACUGGGUCGAACCUUGGGGUAACGUUACACAGCGCCCAACCCAGUGUAACUCUUGGCACUAAAUCUACAUAUUUCAAAGAUAGGUCGGAGGACAAUGAAAGGGAAAAUUGCUCUGAUCGGUCUGGACACUAUGACAGUCCAGGUAGCUCAUACCAAGAUCAGAAGGUUAAAUACACACCACCGUGCACGACCUUAGAGGACCGUGCAAAGCAUCAACCACAAUAUGUGUCCAUUGCAGAAGGCUUGUUAGAUGGAAGGACUAGUCCCUUGGUGGAAAGAAUUGAAGAGGAGAGGACGCGAAGGAAAAGACAGCGUGGUCACAUUGACUGUCAUUAUAAUGUACAGCCUCAGAAGAAAGUUGUUAGGCCCACUGGACAAAAGCUACUUGAUCAGUUUAUACAAGACUUGAAUGACACUAAUGACAUUCCCUUCUUUGAUGUGGAACUGCCAUACGAGUUGGCACUGAAGAUAUUCCAGUUUCUUGACCGGCGUGAUCUGGGAAGAUGUGCUCAGGUAAGCAAAGUCUGGAAGGGGCUGGCAGAUGAUGAAGUGCUGUGGUACAACCUGUGUCUGGAAGAGGGAUACCACAGCGGAGCGAACGUCUCGGACUCCCCCUGCUGGAAGAGUAGCCUGCGGGAUUGUCGGAACACUGACAAACUAGUGUGCUCCAACUGGAAGAAUCGUGUUGGAUCUAUCAGUCAUCUCCAGUUUGAGUUGGGAAAGAUUCUAUGUGAUGUCAGCUGCUGCAGUGGAUAUGUAUUUUCUGGGUACACCUCAGGUGAUGUCCGUCUGUGGGACACCCAUCAUUGGGAUUCAGAGGCGUCUUACCUUAGGCCGACCCACGCCAACAUGGAUGUCACCCUAAAACCACACAUCAGUCAUGUCCAAGUCAACAAGAUAGUGGCAGCGGCAGCAUUUGAUGAUGGAUCAGUGGAUGUAUGGAGCACGGAGACUGGGUCCGAACCCAUCCACCAUCUCCAGCACCUCCAGAAGGUUCAUGCUCUGGCGCUGUGUCCAGACCACCCCACCGUGGCCACUGCCUGUGGGACAGACGUGCGUGUGGAAAGCCCUGAUGAAAAGGGCUACUGGAAGACCCUCUGCCUUACCCAGCUACCCAAACCUGUGGAUAACCUGCGUCUGGUGCCGGGCAAGCAGGCAUCUCCGCUGGCUGUGGCUUCAGCCAGUGAGAGCGUCUAUCUCCUGGCGCCUGGGCAGGACCAGAGGGUUCUUCACUCUGUCUAUGGCCACCCAGUCACCUGUCUGGACGUCAGUGACACACAGGCAGCCAUUGGGGUCAAGAGCUGUGGCUGGGCCAUGAACGACGGAGGAAACAAGAUCCAGGUGUACGGUCUGGAGACGGGGCAGCUGGUGGCGUCCGUGGGCAACUCAGCGGGAGACUUCACCUGCAUCAACCUCCGAGAUGGCCCCCCUCACCUGCUAGUGUGUGGGAAUAAAGACAGGAGGGUGCGGGUGUUUGACCUGCGCUCAGGCCUCUCGGUGGCCUCUCUCUAUGCCCACCACAUGGGGGUGACAGCGGUGCAGGGGGACGACUGGAAGCUGGUGAGCGGAGGUGGCGAGGGCCUGGUGUGUGUGUGGGAGAUGCGCAUGGCAGCCAAGCUCUGGGAGAUGCACAACAGACACCCAGUGCGGCACAUAUGGUUUGACGAGAGCACCCUGGUGACGGCCAACAUUCCUGACGAGAAGUCUCCACGGGGGGCGUGCAUCACAGACGAUGACCUCACCGCUCAUCGCAGACACCGUGGAGUCAUCUGCCUGUAUGACUUCUCACCAGACCUUUCUGUUCAGGACCAUGUUUUGCCCAUCUGUCGGUCGAACUACAUAGAGUCAUCAGGCUACAACUACAACAUCGGCCUGGCUAUGCCGUAUGAUAUACUUCGAGAGCCCUCAACCACCUGAUGACUCUGGAGGAAUGUUGGACUUUUAUAUUAACUAUAUAUAUUUUUUUUUUUCUCUCUUUUUUUAAACAACAUACUGCUGAAUUAAUAAGCUGUAUUAAUGAAGAUGUAAUGUUGGUGUAAUUUUAUUGGUAAUUCAUUAUUAAUUUGAAAUACUGUUUGAUCAAUUAGCUCCUGUCAAAUUACUAUUGUUUAUCAUGAUUCAUAUAAUCUAUUCAACAGUGUCUGUGCUUUGAUUAACAAUGAAGAUAUAAUUUCUUAAAAGCAGGUUUCCAUCUCUUCAGAAUCAUUAUUAGAAUCUUUUCAGCUGCAUUUAGCCAUUUGUACAGUUGUUUUACUCGGUUUAUAUUAUGUAACUGUAAGGCUCACUGCCCUUGAUUCUUGAUAGUAUAAUAAUUUAAUAAUAUAAAAAAUAACACAGUAUUACACAAUAAUACUGGCCAACUUUUGAGAACUGUCACUUAGCCAUGUGAAAGUGUGUUCAGAAUACAUGUGAAUGUUGAAAUGUA